CAGGAAACUGAAAGCACUGAUGUGUAAAAAUAUUAUUUCAAGCCUUUUAUGCAGUUUACUCUUGUGGGCAACAUAAAAAAGUGCUCACUACAUUCUCCAAACCAAGAAUACAAGUCUUUACACCUUCAGGAAGAUAUUGAACCUUUGUACAAUAUAUACAGAGUAAAAGGAAUAGCACAUUGACCUGAAGUGACAAGUGCAUAAAUAUGUCUGGAAAACAGGAAGAAAGUGGUGUGCGGGCGCGAAAGGUGAUGCCUAAACAUGUGCCAAUGUCUUUGGAUGGACACACAGACAAUGACCUCUUUAUUGAUUUGGAAAUGACUGGAGGUGACCUUCUGCACCAAAAGAAGGCUUCUCCCUCUGGAAGCACCAUGAGCUCCUUCCGGCUGAUGCGCUUCCUCUUCUAUGCUAUCGUCUUGUUCCUCACCUUAAUCCUUACUUUGGUAACCUUGAACAACACAUGGCUCCUGAAGAGUGCCCGACACACCGUUAACUCUCUGGACCGUGUCUCGGUUGCCCUUGGAGUGCAGGAAAGGGUCCAUGCUGUUGUUUUAGAUGCCGGGUCAACUGGCUCUCGGGUCUUGGCCUUCACUUUCUUCAAGAGUCUUUCAGACAAUUCACUGAAGCUUGAUGAUCAACUCUGGCAUGAGGUUAAGCCAGGGCUCUCAAGCUAUGCUGAUGAUCCUGUCAAGGGAGCCGAGUCCCUCCUUCCCCUCCUGCAGCUGGCUCGGGAACGCAUUCCUGAGCAGUACUGGAGUUCCACCCCACUGGUGCUGAAGGCUACUGCAGGGCUGAGGCUUCUGCCCAAUGAAAAGGCUGAGGCUCUGCUGCUACAGGUGAAAAAGGUGUUGUCCAGCUCUGGCUUCCACACCACAGAGAACUCUGUUGGCAUCAUGGAUGGCCGAGAUGAGGGAAUCUUCUCCUGGUUCACUGUCAACUACCUUUUGGACCGCAUCACAGGAAAUCCCAAGGACACAUUGGUAGCCAUGGACCUGGGCGGAGGCUCAACUCAAAUCACCUUUGUGCCUGUGGAGGGCGAGACCAUGAGUAGUACCCCAGCAGACUACCUCACCUCCAUCUCUCUCUUACGCAAAAACCUUAAUCUCUAUACUCACAGCUAUUUAGGUUUGGGCCUGAUGGCAGCACGCAAGGCUAUCCUGAUGCGGCAUCAAGGCAAGGAUGGCAUCAUCCGCUCCCCUUGUGUCAACCCCAUUGUUGACUACCAGUGGUCCUACGGAGGAGAGACCUACACAGUCAGAGGCCCAGAGGUGCCCAAGUAUCAGGAGGUUCGUGGGCAAGCAGGAAGGCUGGGUGAGAACCGUCCCAUUGCUGACCACUCGGAGUGUAUCAAAAGCUGCAUUUCCAUCAUCCAGAAACAGGUCCAUUCACCCAAGGAGCUGCAGUCGAGGGAGGUUAUUGCCUUCAGCUACUUCUUUGACAAAGCUACAGAGAGAGGACUAAUAGAUCCUUUUAAAGGCGGAGUCUUGACUGUCCAGGAGUUACUGAAUGCAGCUCAACAGGCCUGUAGCAUCCCCAAUGUUGAGCAGCCCCUGGCCUGCCUCGACCUCACCUUCAUUACCACCCUGCUGACCUCAGGCUAUGGCCUCCAGGGAACCAAUACACUGAAGCUGUACAAGAGGAUAGAUAGCUAUGAAGUCAGCUGGGCCCUGGGUCUGGCCUUCCACGUGAUAAAUAAUGGUAUUUGAGAAGCGUGUGUAGUAGAUUGGCAGGGAGUGCUGAAUGAAUCAAUGAAAUUAAGAUUCUCAGUGAAAGCUAUACACUUUCAUAAGAUUGUUAUUUAUUUAUUAGCUGUUUAAAGAUGUAAGUAUAGAUCACAUCAUCCGAUAAUCAUUUGUCAUAGCCAAACAAAAAUGUGACUUAUUGUACUCUUUAAGAAUACAGGUAACUCUCGAUUUACGCGAGUAUUGUGUCCUUGAAGAGGUCGUGUAAAGCAAAAACAAUGUAAAUCAAACAAGAGGUAGGUUUCUAUCGAAAAAUAAAUAUUCACUUCAUUCAGUGGAGAGAGAGAGAGAGAGAGAGAGAGAGAGAGAGAGAGAGAGAGAGAGAGAGAGAGAGAGAGAGAGAAUAUCCAUAUCACCGAGAUAUCCACUCAGCCUCACUCGUGUGAGGAAGAAAUGAGGGACACCAUGAGCAACUGGCUAGUAUUGGUACUGGUACCGAGCAGUCUGGUACCGGUUCCGUACCGUAUAGCUGGUACCAUUAGUACCGGUACUGGUACCGGUACCUGCCCACCCCUAUUGUUGAGUAGCGUGGCAGCGUGGAUACUGUAUUGUUGUUCAAGUGGCGCGCGGGAAGAACUGAGCUCAGCUGUAUGGCCACGGGAGUGACUGGCUAGUAUUGGUACCGGUACCGAGCAGUCUGGUACCGGUACUAUACCGUAUAGCUGGUAACGUUAGUACUGGUACCUGCCCACCCCUAUAAUGUUGAGUAGCGUGGCAGCGUGGGUACUGUAUGUUGUUCAAGUGGCGUGUGGGAAGAACUGAGCUCAGCUGUGUGGCCACGGCGCCAUGUGAAUCCAGUUGCGUGAGACAUCUGGUGGCCACUCCAUAAAAUAUCGCGUAUAAGUGAAAAAACGUGUAAAUUAAACAUUUAUUUGGAUUUUGGACCCCGCGUUAUUUAAAAAACGCGUAAACCAAACGCGUAAAUCGAGUUAGCUGUAUUUAGAUUCUCUGAUAUUAGCAGGGUGUAUUAUCACCAUGAAGGAAUUUUAUUACCUUUGUAGAGAAAUACAUAAAUUUAUUGAUUUGAAUUAUGUUAAAUGAAAUACAGCACAUUGGUGCUACAGAUGAUUACAUUAAAGAACAUAAACUAGCCUUAAACACUAAAAUAGUCUGUACAUUUACUAAACAGCUUAUAAUUGAAUUAUGUUUAUCAGAUGAUAAAAUUAUCUCCAUCUCCAUCAAGAUUAUCAUCAGCAUCAGCAUCAUCAUCAUCAUCAUCUUUAAAAUAUUCAGUCCUAACAAGCUCACUUCUUGCCAUGCAUGCGUUAAGCUAAAACCACAAGCCAAGGAAUGAAAAAGAAUGGUAAACUUAUGCAUUUGUGGUGCACCAUAGUUCAGAAUUCAUCCCACUCUGUACCUCUUUCUAAAACAUGUUUAAAAAUUUGUUUGUUUUAAAACAAAAGUAUUUAAAAGUGAUCUAAUGCCCCAUAAAAUUAGUCAGGAAUAAUGGCCAAGGGCCCCACAAAAUAUUAAUCCAGUCCCAAUGGUGUGCAUAAGUUUAUUGAAAUAAAAAGGUGCUGUAUGCUCAGCUGAAUGGAUCACUUGAUAUCCACUCAAUACUCCAGCACAGUUUUUAGAAUCAGAAACAAUAAUUUUCCUUUGAGCAAAAGGAAAGGUUUUGAAAAUAAUGUUCUUAAAGGCACGGUCACACAAGCUAGUUUCCCUGAAGUUUUCUGCGGAGAUUCAGGGUUGGCCUAAUUUUACGGGAGACUCGGCAAAAAUCUGAUCAGCAUAUAGGAUACCGGCGUGUCAGCCUUUUUCGUCAGAGGCAAAUUCAUAGAGUGAAUCCCCCCGCCUGAAGGCCGAUUGAGUGAAAACUAUGAACAGUUUCAUCUAUUUCUUCACAAUGACACUCAUUAGUGAUGUUUUUUUCCAUGAAAUUAUCAUUAAACUGUCAAGACAGCUCAUUUUAAAGCUACGUUAAACACCAAACGUUAUAAAGAACAGGCAGUACAUGCUUUGAAAUCAUCCAGAAACUUAAAGAUAAGCCAUUGGCUGAUAUUUCCCAGAAUGCAACAGUCUUCUGUGUGACCAAACUCGACGUUAAAUUCGUGGCAGAAAAUCAUCCAAAGAAAAUCUGCAGAAAACUUCAGAGAAACUAGCUUGUGUGACCCCGCCUUAAGGUAUAAUUUUUUAAUAUAUGCGGCCACACUACCCAGCUGUUCCAAAGUAUCAGUCAAGAUGUUCUGCUUUUACAAUAAUAUGAAGGUAGUCACCAUCUGGGGACUGCAAAUAUGUGCCUCUUUAGCUGGAGUUCUUUCAGUCUUCUCUUCAGAACAAAAUAGUAUGUAGGAUGUCUGCAGGUGCAAAGAUCACAUGUGGCUGACCAAACACUGAGUGAAGUAUGAAUCAGUAGUUUUAUCAGAAGUGCUUUAAUAGUGAUUCCGUUGACGUUUAUGCUAGAAAGUUAUAACGGGUGUGUCAUUAACUGAGCUAAGUCCAGAAUGGGAAAGGGGACAUUACUAUGGAUGUACAUAAUUUAAUUGAUGUUUAAAGUUUUGAGAAUUUUAGCAAGAAAAUUAUGUAUAUUUUCAUAUCUGUAAUGUAUUUAGUCACUCAUGAAUUUUAUUUUCAUGAAAUCAAAAUGUAGGAUAUAUAUCAGCAAAAUGUGAUGAACCAAAGGUUAUGUGACCAUAAUAAUAUUACCUUAUUAUUAUGCUGUAAUAUAUUGUUGAUGGUGUGGUAGUUCAGUCAUUUAUUACUAUGUCUCAUGAUAAUCUUGUUUGAUAUUAACUUACAUAAUUAUGAUGUAUGGCUCCAGUGGUUAUGAGAUCAUCAGAGGACAAAACUACCUUUAGUUAAGAGUAAAUUCAUAGGGUUUAUGCAUAUUUAUUGCAGGUAGAUAUUCACCAUUUGAGUUUGUCAUAACACAGAAGUAAGGAAACUUAUUAUAAGCAUGGGAAAAUAUUGAGCACUAAUGUUUACUGUUCCUUGUUGUAUAGGACUGAACACACACACACACACACAUAUAUAUAUAUAUAUAUAUAUAUA